AUGGAAGGCAUACUUCGUUUCUUCCAGCGUCCUCCACCAGCAAUACCACCUGUGAAAAUAGAACUCAAUCUCAAUAGUACCUCGAACAUUAAUGCAAGGCUAGAGUAUGGGCCACACGACCACAAAAUUGAGCCGGAAGAGAACAACAAAUCUUCAUUUGGAGCUACUUCUCGACACAUCGGUCCAGAACCUUGGACGACGCCUCGCCACAUCCCCGAUAAUACCGACAACAACAAUCGUAACCCUACUAAUGCCAAUGCGACGGCCACCGUGAGCUACAAUCUGCCGGUAUGUAGCACCUCCGGCCAGCCCUCAAGAUUCACAUUUGAUUUCAACCUUAAUGCGUCGCCUACUCGUGUUGGGGUUCGUGGACCACGAGGAAACCACCAAAUUACUUCAAUGUACAUGCUUAAGGCAGUGCUAACGGAUGCCCACAACUGGUCUGAUGACGACGUUGAAGAUUUCUUGGCGUUCAUCCGGAAGGAGGCUAGGAGGACGCUCGACAUGACCCUGCCCUAUCGCUCCCAAGACGAGGAGGCUAUUGAUCGUGUGUGCGAAACUGCAAUUAAGGAGGAGCACUGGCCUACCCUGUCAGAGUACGAAGACUGUUGGCCCGUACGCACCGCUCUUAAGCUGAUCCUUAAGUAUCGGUCCACCUACUUGGCCCAGCGCCGCAAUUUGGCGAUGGAGAGACCCUCUGACCCUGCAUCAUGCGGCUGUUCACGGGAUACGGGAGAGAAUGCGCCAGAGGCCCUUCCUCAGGAACAGGAGAUGGAAACGUGA